AUGUCCAAGUAUAAGGACACGUGCCGCGACGACUACAUGGCGGGAGGAUAUCAGCAGUGUGGCGAAAGCAGCACCGAUAGCCUGGACAAAAUCGCCGCGCAAGAUGAGGAAACAAGUACCGGCACUGGAAGUAGUUUAUCUUGGAAGGACUGUCACAGCCUAAACCAGCUGGCCUCCAGCGCAACGUGGCUGAAGCAGCAACUUGCGGAAACCUGUAGUACUGGAGAAGAAGGUGGGCACGAAAGCAAGCCAAGGUAUGCGGUGGUUUUUCUCCAUAAUUUGCUCCGGUACAGGUCUACGCCCGGCACAAGGAUGAUAGAUCGCAUUAUAGAUACGAUCAGGCGUCGUGAAUUGCAUUCUUGCAAAUUUUGAAAAAUACCUUCCAAAUAUUUUUCAUCCGACUUCACUCGUCAUGUUGUUCAUGUUGGCUUAGCUACUGAAAUUAUCAUACACUGUACGAACUCUUGCGGUCAUCAUCCUUUUUCGGGGCAUACCGACCUGGGACUGGAGGGCGGAUGGCAGUGCGAACUCCAAGUCUGGACUCUUUCAGUUGUGGGACGCCUUGGAAGGGUCCUGCGUUGUCUUAGUAGUGACCGCACACGAGGACGAAGAGAGCGAAAAAAUGGAUAAGGACGCAGCUGGUGGUGCAGCCCGAGCGGGAAUAAAUGGAGGAGAGCUGCAGGACACGAACCUCGGAGGUGGAACAGAAAGCGAUAUUAAUCAGGACCGGCAAGACGAUCUCCAAAAGCAAAUCGUCGAAGACGAAGCGGCUCUCCGUAUCGCGAGGAAAAUAAGUCCCCCCUCCGGAUGUUCUUUCACCAAGAAACGGGGGUGUCUGAUGCUGGAUUUGGCCAUUAAAAAAGCUCUGCAUUGCAUGCACAAGAAGCACAAGCUUCAAUGCACAUCUUGCAUUUUCGGCAAUCUGUGUUAAUGCGUUCUACUAGCCUAGAGCAGACACGACUUCGGCCGUGGGUCUCAGCCACUACUAGACGACAGUACACACGCAAAAAGGUCGCAGACCGAACGAAGACAUGUGCUUCUUUGGUGCAAGACAGAGCUGAUUUGAGUAGUACCCGAAUUAUCACAGGACGCCAAUGUUCCAGUUGAGUACUAUCUAUGGGGAGGGUGGGAUCAUUUUUCAUUUUCAUACUCCUACCCUUCAACACGUGGGGCAACCAAAUUCGCCUUGCGCGUACGGGCCGCAUUGCCCUCGGAGAGUGGGUCCGAUUGGACAUCGCGCUGGAAGAUGUGGUGAAAGAGCAGCGGCCCUGCACCAUGCGGUGGCAGAACUAUUUCGCGGCCACUGAGGGGCCGGGGCACAUCAACUCUACCUCCAAAAUAACAGAGAUUCCUUUAGUCGGCUGCGAGUGGUCGGGACGGACUGCGGUUACGACCGCGCACCCCUAUAUUGUGAAGACCAAAAGUAGAACUACAACUACUUUCUCAGGUGGAUCAACACCUCCUGGGGUAGCGGAGGAGAUUAAUGCGCCGGGAGGUGGUCCUGGCCAGGGCGGAGGGACCCACCCCUUGCCCGACUACACAAACGUCGAUUUGUUUUUCGAUCAAUUCCCUGCGUCGGACAAGAAUUCGACGGGGCAAGCAGGGAGCGGGCGUAUUAACGAGAGGACUUCUGAACAAGAACUGGGAAGGAGCUCCGCUACAACCAAUGGGACCACUGAAGACACGAACGAGGACGACGCUGAUGACAGUGAGAGCUGCCUUGGUGCGCUCACCUGGAAAGCGAUGGGGAUCGUGAUCGGUUCGUCCGUGCUGGCCUUGGUGACGAUUUUGUUGUGCGUCUGGGCUUUUUGCUGCCUCGGGUCUGAAGAUGUUGAGGGAGAAGGAGAACAAGAGGGACCGAAUAAAGCCGGAAAGAGAUACGGCAACCGCGCAAAGAAAAAACUGGAAAAAUCGAAGAGCAAGGGGGGAACUGGCCCUCUAGAGCAAGACGGCUUGGGUGCGGAAGACCUGAUGAACAUAUGCGGGGAAAAAGGAUUUUCGUCUCUCCAAUUCCGCUGCACAAUUUCGUAAAACUGUAUUCGAGACGACGUCUGUCAGACGUCAGCAUUCAAUCUUGUGCAUGCGAGGCCAGAAAGUUCUUCCUCUAGCAUAAAAACUGGUGCCUUGUUUGUUUUCGUUUUAUUUCUAAUAUAUUUGUAUUCACUAUCACUAGCCAUUGGCAUUGCGCGCGCACAUGGGCGGUCGGUAUGCAUGGAGCUACACGUCGCACAAUUUGCACUUUGGGCAUGAAAAAGUCGACCACUGGAAGAAAUCAUUUUGACUCGUCAGGCGGUACUGGGAGGCAGGUCGGCGUCCCUCUGCUUCUAGUUCUAAGACUUUUUCCCGUGUUUCAAAAGAAAUGAUACUUAUCAGAUCGUGCAGUCGGAAUAAUGUUAAGUUGGGAUGAAAUCCUUUUUCCUUCCACAUUCGCAAAAUGCGGAGCAUUCAACUCUGAACACGAUGGUUGGGUCGAGCUACCCGAGCAUGCAGCCAGACAUGUUCUUCGCGGGUUUCACGCCGGCACCUCCGAUGCCCGGGACGUUAGCCUUGGCGCGGGCCGGCGCCUUGCCUAAUAAAGUUGGAGACGAGGUGGAAACGAAGCCGGCGAACAAGGUUCCCCUCGCGGCCACUCCAAUGGCUGCACCACAACCGCCCGGGGCCGCGGCGCUCGAGCAGCGACGCGCUAGGCUGGCCGGUGUAGUAGCCAAGUUGAAACCUGAACCCAGCAGUGGCGACGCAACUUUAUUCGAGGGCGUGGAAGAUGAGACAUGAUCUUCAACAUCCGAGCACGACCGAUAUUGAAAAUAAGUAUGUCGUACUGUUAACGAAAUAAAGUCAGUUCAUCUAAGUACUUUCUUCAACUUCAUAGUGUUUGUGCUACUUCGACGAGGUCAUCGUUCUCUAGCCGAUUUAGCAGCGUUGCAAAUGUUUUGCGCAGCUCCCGAGGAAACAAACUAGAUGUACUUGCUCAAGUACCUCCGCGGAGAAUUCCUUGAUUUGUACAUGACUUUCUAC